GAAGAAGAAGAAUUUCCGCGCAAAAUGGGCAAAGAGAACGAAUCGGAUGGUACGAAGAAAAGGAGAAAAUCCGUGAGUGCGAAUAGCGGAACAUCAGUGAAAGACGGAGAUAUGUACAAGACAAUAAUUUGUUUCGAAGAGAAGGAAGCUAUCGAGAGACAACCCGAGGAUGAUUCUGAAAACUUUUUGAGAACUUGCAACGAUAUUCGAGCAGCAAUGGCAAAGAUAGCUAAAUUGAAAGCCAGUGGAGAUCCGAGUGUAAAAGAUGAAAUCAGUGAAUUGCAAGUUCAGACAUCCCUUGCUUUUAUAGAACUGAAGAAACUGAAUCGCAUGGAGAAGUUUCGUACAAAGUUUGCAAGAGAUUCCUUGGUGGCUGCAAAAAGCAGCGUAGACAGCAGACAUCUGCAUCUGCAGAAUCUGCUAUAUGAAGUGAUGCAUUUGAAGAAAGAAGUUAUCAAGUGUCUUCAAUUCAAAUCAAAGGAUGAAAUGAUAGAGCUUGUUUCGGAAGCUGAAUUUUAUAAAGAAGCUCCAGAAACCAUUUCAAGACCUGAAAUAACAAGGAAUAAUCCUCACCAACUGAGACUAGCUCGUUUGGAGUGGGAAUUGAUGCAAAGGAAGCAAUUGGCUGCACUGUGCGACGAAUUAACAGAGAACAAAAAGGUAGUGGCGUCCAACAUCGAAAUGAAACAGACUCGCUUGGACAAUCUUGCGCCUCAACUGCGUUCUAUAUUAGAGGCGAGCAAACCGCUGCAAGAAAGUCUCGGAUUGCCGUUAGACAAAAUUCGCCAAGAGCAUCAAAAAGCAUCAUUGUUACCAUCUCCUCUCUAUGUGUUGUACGCAAAAGCAUCUGCUUAUAGAGACGCGUACGACAGUACACUUCUAGUUAAAGUGGAAGGUGACGAGGACGAGGCGAAACGAACAAACAAUCAGGACGGUCUACAAGAAUCCGAUUCCGACCCCGAGACUCAACCGGAGAGUAUCGCGGAAGAAACACUCGUGCACAAGAAGAGACAUCACAGAUUAUCUCGAGAAGCCAGGCAGGAGGAGAAGCGAUCUAAAUUGCUUCAGAUACAUCCGUUACACGUCAAAAUUGUUAUCACGUUAAAAAAUGAGACAAGGUUGACUCUUCAAUUCUAUUACAUGAUUCACUUAAAAGUCGUCACGGUUGAGUCAAAACUCGAAACCGAAGACUUGGGAGGUGUUAGCGCCGGAGAUAUGCUUGUGUCCGAGUCGAUUCUCCGUGAACUGUAUCCGGGUGAUUUAGGACUGGAGAGUCCGAAUCCAGCCAAUCAGUAUCAACUGUCGCGACACAGUCUGGGCUCGUUUUCAUCCCUGGGAUUGGGAAUUCCGUACAGAUGGGCGCAGAGAAUGGCUGGUUUGCAUUUCGUUUCACCUGACGUAAACGAACAAAAGCUUGUGAGUCGAGAAUUGGCGCAGGACUGUGUUGAGAGUGUGUUGAAGGAAAUCAAACGGCGCGUGAAGGCGCGGAUAGACCUGCGCGCCGAGAUACGACAGCUGGAAUCCGGCAAUUUGCCGAUCCUGAUCAGCACGACGGAUCCGAUACCGCAGAAAAUCUCCACGUCGCUGCACCGAUUCACAACUCUGACCUGGAGAAACUACUCGAAUUACGUCAUUACGCCGGCGUUCUUCGAGCAGAAAUUGGUGUCGUCACUGGACAUCUUCUACGAAGCUGUACUUCGUCGUGGCAGUAGCGAACUCGUGGCGAAGAUCGCCAUCAAGCCGGACUAUCCGAAGAUAGCGCCGGUGUUCAGCGUGAGCAUUAGUCCGAUGGUGCCGGCGUCGGCGGACAUCAUCAGGGACAUCGAGAGAGAGGUCAAUGUGAUGUGGACCAAGUCGCCGACGUUAACGGCGCAGAUUCAACGGCUGAGAGCGUGUUUCGAUAUUUAUCUGGAAACUGAGAGCAUGGCGCCGAAAGAGAAGAUAUUCUUUCAUCCCGUAAGAGGGCGAACUCGCGCCCGACCGUAUAAAUAUUUGCCACUCGGAGGAGGUAUUUUCACUCACCGUUAGAUCAAUUCUAGAUAUGUUUGCAUGCGUGCGUGCGUGUGCGUGUGCGUGUGCGUGUGUACAUGUGUAUGUGUAUAUGUGUGUACUUGCGCG